AUGGACAUCGACUCGCUGUCUCCGGCGCAGACAAAUGGAGGUGACGCAGAGGUUGCAAUUUCAGUUCUGGCCAGCGUGGACUGGGACGUACAGCGUGCGGCAGAGGUUGUAUUCGACGGUGUACCCCCUCCUCCAUCGCCUCCGGCGCAUGAAUCUACCAAUCAUGUUGAACAGUUUGAAAUCGAUGAUUCUGAGCAGGAUGGUCUCUUGAACGGCCCUCAAGGCCGCCGGGAAUUCCGCCCCGUGGAGUCAAGCUUCUUCGGAACAAUCAUCAUCCGACCCUUGCGUAUCGUCUUCAACAUACUUGCGAUCCCGCUAUAUCCUCUCUUUUCUCUUCUUCGAUUUAUCUUCCGAGCCCUCCGCAUUCCGCUUCCCAGCUUUGGAUCCUACUCUUUCUCGUACCGCCCCCUCGGUCCUGGGCGAAGCAGGGAAUCUCGAGACCCUAAAAGUGUCGCAGAGCAGUGGGUCCGUGCUCUUGAGGAAGAGACUGGUGCGGUCUGCAUCAGUCGAAGCGGUAACCGGAAGCAGUCGCAGGGUAACGGGCACGGCGUCGCCUCUGGGGUGGCGGGCCCGUCAACUCUGACUGCGCGGGGCAGUGCCUGGGAGGAAGGCUCGAACGGCAGCGCCGAAAGCGACAAGUUGCUGCCCGACUUUUUCCUCGGGGGAUACGAGGAGUUUGCGAGGACCUGUCAGCGCGACCUCAAGAUUGGUUGUGUCGUUAUCGUCAGCAGCGAACAUGACAAUGAUGCUGAAUUUAAGCGGAGCACACUCACGGACCCUAGCUUCCUCCGCAUCAUCCAAGAAAACGAGAUUCUCGUCUGGGGUGGUGAUAUUCGCGAUAGGGAAGCUUGGAGUGCCGCACAGAAGUUGCAAGCUACAACUUACCCCUUUAUAGCGUUCAUCGCGCUCCAGCCACGCCGCGCCCCGGGGUCCUCUUCCGCGCCUGCGCCUACCAUGACGAUCCUCUCCCGUCACCAAGGACCCUCCAUCCCGUCGACGUCCGCGCCGACUGCUGCACAGACCCUUGUGAUCCACCUCAACGAGCAGCUGCUCCCCCGUGUGACGCCAUUCCUCAACAAGCUCCGCCUGGAAGCCGCCGAGCGCGAGCGCGAACGCGCUCUUCGUGCCGAGCAGGACCGCGCGUUCGAGGAAUCCCGCCGCAAGGACGCCGAGCGGAUCCUCCAGAAGCGUGCAGCAGACGCCGCUGCGCAAGAUGAGAAGCGACGCGCGGCAGAGGCUCAGGCGCGGGCGAUUGAAGAAGAGCACAAAGCGGAGGAGGCAAAAAAGCAGUGGGUUGCGCAUCGCAUGGAGUGGCGUCGUUGGUUGAGGCGCGGGCUCGUCCUGCGCGAGCCGCGCCCUGGAGAGAGCGGGCGCGGCAAGACUAUGCGCGUUGGAGUGCGGAUGCCGGAUGGGCGGCGCUCUGUGCGCUUCUUUGGGGAGAGCGACCCUUUGACAUCGCUUUACGCCUAUGUCGACUCGCUGCUCAUUCCCCCCGAGUUUGUCCAGGACGCCGAUCCUGUCGCUCCGCCGCAAGGCGGUAAGGAAGGGGAGGAGGGCAUCGUGGGGAACAUGCAGCGCACUGGACGGUCGCCUGAGAAGUGGUGGGGCUUCAAGCUCGUGCUUGCCUACCCGCGUCGCGAGGUCCCGUGGGAGGCAGGGAAGAAGAUAGGUGACAUCGACGUGCUCAAGGGCGGAGGACAGGUUGUAGUCGAGUUUGUCACGGACGAGGAUGCCAAAUCGAAGGGUAAGAGCCGGUCCAGCUUGGAGCAGGAUGACGACGACGAGUAUCAUACGGAGAGCGAUUAG